CAUUUUAGUGACUUCAUAUUGAUGAUGACGCUCAGUUGAAGACAAGAUGGCGGACGCGCUGCUGGUGACCAUCUUGGUCUCCCAGGUGGCGAUGUAUUUGCUCGUCGCCUACAUGUUCCGCGCGCUGCGGUGUAAAAACUACGAGCGCAGUGCCAGCGAGUUGCAGCAGGCGCUGAUUGCCAGGUGGCGGCUUGUUCAGAUUUCUUUUUGUGUCUAAUGAACGCACAUUCUCUGUGAGUUUUGACCAGGUUUGUUGUGAAUUCUACAGGGAGGAGACGACAGGCGAGCAUCGUGUCGACAUUGCUAAGCUGUAUGUGAGCGCACGAUGCAGAGGAAGAAAUCGUGAGGUGCCGGGUGUGCGCUUUUGCAAAUACUCAACAGUUCAAAUUCUGUGUGUUAUGUGGCGAAAAGCUCAAGUUAUCGCCAACAGAGCGAGUACGGGCGCGGAGUCCUCUCACAGCUCGCCAGCUACGUGUAAGGUGGGCUGGACAACGAAUUUCCACUGCUGCAUAGUAAUUGAGCGGUGUUUUCAUAAUUACUCUGUGCUGAUUGAACAGACGUCGGAAUGAAUGGCAGCGGAAGCUCAGAUGUGAGAAAGUAUCGUGGCAUCGAGACUACGAUCAUGAUUGUUUCCAGUAUCCUGGAUAUGUUGCAAUGUUUCACAAGGAAGAGGAAGAGCGUGAGGACGGAGAGCUGGCGGUAGUCCUACAUAAUGGAGAGCCUGGUUCAAUAAUUUUGAAUCUGCGAAACGAGAAUGGGAUGGUAAAAUUGGAGAUAUUAUCUGGUGAAGAUGCGGAUGCGCUCGAAUUUGCGACGGGAUCAGCUUCGUCAAGGACCGUCGACAUCAAGGAACUAAUAGAUUUGUCCAAAGAAGACUUCCCGACUAAAUUCGCGCAUUUCGUUGCCUACACCUCUUCGUUAAUUGUGCCGGCUGAGCUGGAGGUGUUGAAGCUUUUCCUACGUCGCGAACAUGUUGUCGAAGAAUCGAUGGAGUAUUUUUGCUGUUUGGAUGAUAAUGAUACUCGUGCAGUGGUUCGGAUAGAUUUUGCAGCAGAGACUGGAGUUGAUGCGGGUGGUGUACACCGUGAAUGGUUUAGUCUCGUUACGGAGCUGGUUAUCAAUCCUUGUUUGGGUGUCUUCGUCUGUACAAACCACGAGACCCAGACGUAUUUCUUCAAUGUGAGCUCGAAGCAGUGGAUCGGUGAGGAACAUUUAGCAUAUUACUUCUUCGCCUUUGGACGGCUUAUCGGGCGUGCACUAUUAGAGGGUGAAGUGAUCGGAUUCCACUUUGCACCGGCACUGCUUAAGACUAUCCUUGGUGUUCCUAUCACUUUUCACGAUUUCGAAAGUUUUGAUCCGGUGACGUACAAGAGCUUGAAGUGGAUGCUGGAGCACGAGGGGGCUGAUAAGCUCGGUUUAGACUUUACUGCAACGAGGAAAGAUGCAGUUGGCAACCUGGUAACAGUAAAGCUGGUGCCCAAUGGUGACGAUAUAUCUGUGACUGACGAGAACAAGCAUGAGUUCGCAGAGCGCUGGCUUCAAUAUUUUUUACUCGAAUGCGUUUCUGAUCAGUUGUACGUGUUCUUAAAGGGACUGUAUCAAGUGAUUCCGAGAGAGGUUUUCAUGCUCUUUGACGCGGAAGAACUAGACUACAUACUCUGUGGUUGCGACUCGAUUGAUGUGACGGAUUGGGAAGCGCAUACAAGAUGCUCCAGGAAUCUCACAGGGACAAGAAUUCUUCGAUGGUUCUGGGGAUUGGUUCGAGAUAUGCACUCGGAAUGUCGCCGUCGAUUGCUGCAGUUUGCAACGGGAUGCUCAAGAGUACCGAUCGGGGGAUUCCGGUACCUGACAAGCCACGACGGACAGAUUUGCCCAUUUACGUUGAAGGGAGUGCAUUCGCCUUACAUUCGAAGUCACUCGUGCUUCAACCGGUUGGACUUGCCGUUGGUAUCGUCUCGAGCGCAGCUCAAGGAAGUGCUGUAUGCAACACUCAACACUGAGACGUACGGGUUCACGACAGCGUAGUAAACGUAUUGUCAACUAUAGAUCCAACGGAAGUAAACAAACUAUUCCGCGAGGGCAUGCUGCGAAGGUACAACAUUCUAGCCUCCACACAAGUGUCCACAUUGGGGGGUUACAAUUGAUUACUUUUCCCCACCAAUCGAGACUGAGCGUCACUGGAUAUCCUGUAGAAUUCCUACGGACAGUUUGCGCCGUAAACGCGACGGAAAAAAGGCAUCAGCAAAUUGCUGACAGCAGUUGCUACCAACGUCUCGAAGGCAACAAGAUGCGGAUCACAAGGGCCGUAGAUUAAGGUUAUGUUAUGUAACACAAACCAACCAAAGCAACAAUAGCGUUCUCAAUUCGAUGUUGAAGCUGUCUGGAGAAAGCUGCUUGGGCGUCGUCUAUUUAACGAUGACGAAGUGGAAAGUCUCUAUUGCACGUGGUUGUAACGUUUACUGCGUCGGUAAACUUGUGUUUGUCCGACCAUGGAACACAAAACCCGAGGCGAUUGGAUGGUUGUUGGAUUUGCAUAUUGUGGAGCCCGAGUUUGCUCGACACUGAGCCACGGCCACCAAACACGCCCCCUGCAGCCCCGAAGUAAAACCACCCGACGAGCACUAAUGUUACAGUUGCUUAUGGGAAGUAUUUUGCCAUACGCUACUUGCAGUACCUGUGAUACAAAUGAACAAGUUGAACUUUCACUUUACUGAC